GAGUGUUUGAUAUCUAGAUACACUUGUGAGCUAUACCCGAGCCUUACACAAGUCGGAACAAUACAGAAGAAUGUUUAGAGUGGGAUUGGCACGUUCGACGCGUACUUUAAAGAGUCCGUUAAUAAAGACAGGCUCCAUUCUUGCACCUAGUUCGGGAGCUUUAUUUACGCAAAAGCCUAACUUUGUUAGAUUUAACUCAUCUCAGUCGGCACCAAGCUCAGAAAUCAAGGAUGCAUUGACUUCGUUUCAAGAUCCAGCUAAUAUCCCGGAGCAAGUUACUAGUAUGACUUCAGAUCAAAUUGGAUAUCUUGAAUCGAUUGGGUUAGGAAAUGGAUAUGGACCAACUGCUCUUGUCGAACAUCUUUUAGAAUAUACUCAUGUUUAUACUGGCUUGCCAUGGUGGGGUACCAUUGUUGCUGCCACUGUAGCCGUGAGACUUGUUUUGUUCCCAUUAUAUGUCAAAGCAUCAGCGAAUGGUGCUAAAAUGUCUCAUGCAAAGCCAGAACUUGAUGUUCUUACUCGUGAAAUGAGAGAAGCUGCUAAUGUUAAUCAACAGUCUAUGGUGCGUGAAAAGCAAAAGGGUAUAAUGAAGAAGUACGACGUGAAACUGAGUCAUAUGUUUCUCCCAUUUUGUCAAUUUCCUAUUGCCUACGGUUUUUAUAGAAGUUUAAGAACCAUGGCUGAGUACCCCGUUGAUGGCUUUUCCUCUCAAGGUUAUGCUUGGUUUCAAGAUUUAAGUGUUGCAGAUCCAUACUUGGGUCUUCACGUAAUUUCAGCAGGUAUGGUUAUGCUUAUGAUGAGACUCGGUGGAGAAACUGGUGGUCAAACCUUGUCGCCAUUCUUGAAGAAAGCUAUGUAUUUCCUUCCAAUUUUUGGUCUUGCUGCUACCAUGCAUUUCCCAGCCGCCGUCGUUGUUUAUUUUGCUGCUAAUUCCAUCUUUUCCUCUUUGCAAUCUUUCCUUUUGAAGAAUAAAACUUUCCGUAAGUGGAGGAAUCUUCCAGAUUUUGCCAAACCUAAAGCCAAUCCUGGUGCUCCAAAACCAGCUGAAACCUUUUCCGAAUGGAAAGAUCAAUUCAUGGAUCAAUUAAACCAAGGUACUGAAAAUAAGGUUAGACAAAAUCAAGAAAAGGCUGCUGCCCUCCAAAAGAGAAAAAAUCGUUCUCAAGGUCAAUACAUCAAAAAACAUUAAUCUAGUCUAGACUUUCUUGUAUAUAGCUGAAAAAUUUAAGUAAAUCACG